AUGUUCAGUUCGCACUCAAAACGCGCGUAUCAGGUUGGUUAUUUUGACGAAAUUUCGCAAAAAUUUGGUUUUUUCCCAAAUACCUGAACUUUUGACCCGUUUGUGAUAAUCCGAUCGGGUCCACACUUGGCAGGCUUUAUUUGGUCCAAGUUUCAGACCGAUCGAUGCAUCUGGUCCCGAGAAAUGUGGAUCAGAGGCCGAAAAGGCCGGGGUUUUGUCUUAUGGCGAAAAUUCCAGGGCCUAUCGAACAAAUUUCGAGCGAAACUUUAAAGAAACAUACCAACAACAACAAAACAAAACACAAAUUCCAGCAAAUCGACGAUGACUACGACGACGAGGUGCUGCGGAACAGCACGUGCACUUCCCGCUUCAUGCAGGGAUUCGGAUCGACGACCCGAUCGAUUCUGUUCGGAAAUCACGACGAGGGAGAGCACCGCAAUUUGUACGUUGUUCUUUUUUCGUACGAAAGCAAAAAAUAAUCGAAAUUUCAGAAUCGCCAGCUCUUCGUCUCAACACUCGUACCACGAUUCGCCAGUCGAUGCGCAGCCGGUAAGCAUUUUUAUGUUUUCGCAAGCAGACACUUUGAAACCGGGCAUUUUCCACAUGAUUCGCUACUUGACGUUUUUACAUGAUUUUCGCAUAAAAUAUGUGCUACGCGCUACGCUAGCAGUUGCAAAACUUAACAAAAAAAAAACCAAAUUCACAGGAAGUGCACUACGAGCAAUUCAACGCGAACCAUCACGGACCGCCGACAAUGGCCUCGUCGUCGCAGUUGGGCGAACGGCGAUGGGACCAUGUCAAGGAUUUGGACGAGUUUUUCACGCACAUUUACGAGUAUCACCAGUGCGGCGGAUACAUGUGCAUCGUCAUGCAAAAAGUGUUCAGUCUACUCCAAUUUGUGUUUGUUAUGGUCCGUUUUGUCGCUGCCCAGGGGAGAGCAUGCAAAACAUGGUAGCAAUUUUUGCAGAGUUUCACCACAUUCUUCACCCAAUGCGUCAACUACGAAUUCCUGUUUGCCAACACAAAUGUGACGAGUCACGGAAAUGUGAACAUCGGCAAACGACACUUUUCGGCACGUUCCUCUCCGUUCCUCUCCACUAAUCGAACCGCCCGUUGCUUUUGCAGGACGCGGUCGUCGAACACUGUCCGGACCAUCUGAGUGUCUGGAUGAUUUUCGCCAUUUUGGCGGCCAUCGUCUACUGGUGCACACGGGUCAUCAAGCACGCGCAGUACGUGUUGAAAAUGUCCGAUAUCCAGUUGUUCUAUGCGCACGAGUUGAAGGUGACCGACGAUCAGUUGCCGAACAUGACGUGGCAUGCGAUUGUCAAGAAGAUUUGUGAGGUACGCAAUUUAGAAGCGGGCCUAGAAUUGAUCAUAAGCAAAAAUGUUUAGGCUCAAAAAAAGGUGCGGCUGAGUAUCCACCAGGAAAACAUCACCUCAAUCUACAUUUACCACCGCAUCCUUCGCUAUCGCAACUACAUGAUCGGAAUGGUGAACAAGGUAAGCGUGGCCUAGAACUUCGCCGCGCCACUGCCGAACAUUUUCAGCGCAUCCUUCACCCGGUGUUCGAUGUGCCGUUCAUCGGACCCAUCGCCUAUCUGCCGAACAGUUUGAAGCACGAAAUCGAGCGAAUUCUGUUCCUCAGCUCGACGUCCGCCUGGAAAAACGCGUCGGAUUUGCGCGACGAGUACAAGAAUCACGAGCAACUCGAGGAGGCGAUCAAAAAAAUGAAAUAUGAUGUGAGUUUUCGGCGUCACAACGGCAUUUCAUAAACGCUCAAUUUUUGCAGUGCAAAUUCUACGGCCUGCUCUCGCUCGUUCUGAUGCCACUCAUGCUGCCCUUCCAAAUCAUGGAGUCGUUUUUCUCGCUGACCGAACUCAUCAAGCGUCGGCCCGACGGCCUCGGAAUGCGUCGCUACAGCAACUACGGCCGCUACCUCGUCCGUCACUUCAACGAGUUGGACCACGAGCUCUCGGCGCGGCUCAACCGAUCGCACAUCUACGCGGCCGCCUAUAUGGAUCAAUUCUUCUCGCCCGUCCUCGAAAUUGUCGCCAAAAAUGUCACUUUUGUGGCGGCGGCCAUCGUCGGAAUUCUGACAAUUUUGUCGGCGUGGGACGAGGACGUACUUCAGGUCGAACACGUGCUCACUGUGAUCACCGUCUGCGGAGUCGUCAUUCUGAUUUGUCGUGGAAUGAUUCCCGACGAGAAUCUCGUGUGGCAACCCGAGAUUCUCAUGACGCACGUCGCAUCGGAACUCCACUAUUUGCCGUCGAACUGGAAGGGAAAAGCGCACACGGCACAGGUCCGACACGAGUUUGACCAGCUCUUCCAGAUGAAAUGGACCUUUUUCGUGCUCGAGCUCACCUCGCCCAUCUUCACGCCGUUCGUGAUUCUGUUCUGGAUGCGGCCGAGAUGUGCCCAACUCGUCAACUUCUUCCACGACUACACGGAACGCAUCGACGGUCUCGGCGACGUUUGCUCGUUCGCGGUGAUGGACGUCGGAAAGCAUGGCGAUCCGAAGUGGAAUCAUAUUAAGGAACUGAAGAGUAUACAUGAGGAGGACGAGAACACUUCCGGCAUCGUCACUUCGCACAAUCGGGCGCUCGACGGCAAAACCGAGCUGUCGAUAUUGCACUUUAAGACGACGAAUCCCGAGUGGCAGCCGCCCAAGGCGUCGGAACGGUUCUUGCGAAAGUUCCGCAACCGACUGGGACAAGAGGCGUCGAUGCUGGCACCGUUCGCCUCCACGUUGGAGCAGCAGCCGCCCGCCAAUCAUCGCAACAUCCUCCUCGAGUCGGUCCACUCAAUUGUGCCGACUUCGGCGGGCGCGGCGCCCGGACGCCAUCCGCUCAUCGGCGAGGGACUGCAUCGCAUCGACGGACCGCUCGAGAACGCGUUCCAGGGAAUUCAGGGCAAACAGGGCGGCGGAGUGCUCGCGAGUCUCUAUCACGAACAGCCGCGCGCCGCCGAGUCGCUGAGCAACAGUUUGAGGGCUAGCGGUUUGUGGAAAUUUAAAGUUUUGUCAUAAUUUUGCCAAUUUUCAGGCGUUGAUAUCGAUGGAGCCGGCGCUGAGAUGAGGAUCAACGCGCUCUUCCUCAGAGGACUUCACGAUGAGAGCGUUUUGUGAGUUUUCUGGGUCUUGCAGCGAAAAUUUGACUCUUUAAAGAUCUUUCUCAAUAAAUUGUUCACAUUUCCGCUUAAAAUUUACGGAAAAUUGAAGAGAUCACGGGAAAAUGUUUUCGGGGAAAAAAUUAUGCUUAAGCGACAAUUAUUUUCCUCAUUUUUCAGCAGGAACAGUCAAAACUACGGCUCGUCGGCGUUCAACGUGCACGCGACGGCGAGCGUGUUCGCAAUGCCCGACGGAUUCGGCGAUUCGGUGAUCGUUGACGUCGAAACGCCCACGUACCGUCGGGAAUCGCAUCAAAAGUCGGCGGCCGAACAUUCUCCGGCUCCCGAGCCUCUGGCGGAUCUCUCAGAACUGGCGGCCGGUCCUUCUGGCUCGGUUUCCGGGCCGCACGUCGAUCACCCGGCUCGAUCGCGUUUCGCAAUGAGCACGCGACAGAUAAACGAGGAAAACGAGGACGAGGAGGAGGAGGAGGACGACGCGCCGCCACUCAGUUUCAGCUCGUAA